GGAGCUUCCGGGGGGGCGGGCGCACUUCCGGGGUCGUGCCCGCUGGCUUGUGGAGGCUGUGGGGUGUGUUGGGGAAUGCGGUCGGUGCCAUGUUCCUGACGGCUCUGCUCCUCCGCAAUCGCAUCCCCGGCAGGCAGUGGAUCGGGAAGCACCGGCGGCCGCGGGCCGUGUCCUUCCAAGCGAAGCAGAACAUGAUCCGCCGGCUGGAGAUCGAGGCAGAGAACCAGUACUGGCUGAGCACGCCCUACCUGUCGGCGGAGCAGGAGUACGGCCACGCGGCGGAGCGCAGGGCGGCGGCCUUCGAGGCCAUCAAGGCGGCCAAAAUGGCCAAGUUCCCCCCGCACAGGUUCGUGGCGGACCAGCUCGACCAUCUAAACGUCACCAAGAAGUGGGUCUGAUCCGGAGCCACGGAUUCACAGGGCGGCCACCCACCUCCUGACCCGAUUCUGGAACCUCUGAAGAGCGCUCACUUGAUAGCUUUUGGUGCAGGCUUAGUGAACAGCAGACAUGAGUGUGUGGUCUGCAUGUGGGGUGUAUGGGGCUCCAAACUCUAUAGCCCAGGCUCUGGCGUAGUGUUUCCUUUCCAUUACCCUAAUAGGAAGAUACAGGUAUUUCCUAGGCCACAGAAGAUACAAAGUGUAUUUUGGAUGAAAGUCUCAAAAAAACAAAAAAACUACGAACUGUGCUUAAGUAUGAGAUACUUGGUGGAGGCUUACCUUUCUUCAAAAAACAAUUGCCUAAACGAAAGUGGGAAAAAAUGAGCUUUUUCAGUUAAACAUACUCCUAAAAAUAGGAUUUUCUUUUGGGAUUGCUACUAAAAGUAGACAUUUACGUGAAGUAAAAGAUAUUCAUCAGAACUGCUACAUGAAGUUGUAUUUUUGAAAACCUCUUUUCGGGUACCUGGGUGGCCCAGUCGGUUAAGCCCUGCUGACUUGGUUUCCCCUGAGAUCCAGCCCGGCCUAGGGCUCCCUGCUGGGGGCAGAGAGGGUCUGCUUAAGAUUCUCUCUCCCUCUGCCCUUCCUGCCACCUCAAACAAAUCUUUAAAAAUAAAAAAAAAAAAAAGUUUUUAAAAAUA